AUGACUGGGCUCCAUGACGCGCCCGCGACCAGGGAACCCCGGAGAUCCAAGCGCCUCCAGCGGUCCAUGCCCGAGGCGGCGACGCCUCCUCCGGCACGCCGGACCAGGCGCACCAAGCGCCCGGCUCCUCCGCGCGAGGCCGAGCCCUCCGUUCCCGCCGCGAGGGCUGCGCGAUCAUCCUCGCCCCGUUACAGCGAUCGGGAAUUGGUGGAUGUGGUCGCGUUGCCUCCUCCCCCCGCACCCCGCGCGGAGGCCCCGGUUCCUCCGCCCGAGCGCGGGGACUCGCCUCGCACAGCCUACGUGCUCCGCAACCACCGAGCCCCGGAUACCGGCAUCCACAAGCCUACCCCCCAUCCGUGGUACGAGAAAAGGGAAAUUAAGCUGGAUCAGCCAGGCUUAUCCAAGAAGCAACUUAAGCGAGCUGAACUUUGGAACGCCCCAGCAUGUGCGCGCAAGGGUUUGGAGCGCUACAACGACAUGAAUCAGGGGGAUGAGCAUGAGCUGGUUGAAGCAGUGGGCGUCAAAAGCUUUUCCUACUGUGGUCCGUGCCUGCAUGCAAAUUUUCUUGCUAGGCGUAAAGUUUCCAGCAGCUGUGAUGAUCUUGUUCCCAAGUACUUCUUUGCUGAGCUGACAAUCGAUGCAGAUGGUCUGUCGUGUGUUUCAUGCUUCAAGUUCGACUCAGUUGACUGGAAGAACUUUGGCGGUUGUGGAGUGUGCCCGGCAACAUUUGUCCAUCCCGCUGGUGGUGGGUACAUUGGUGCCCGACCUGAAUAUCGUAUUCAGCCUGCUCCCAGUGGUCUACAAUUAUCGUUUAGUUUCUAAAUGUUAGAUGUGAGAAUCUGUGUCUGUUACUACUCUGGUAAGCAGAAUGGUUUUUCACAUUUCGAAGGUCAUGGAGAAAGCACAUAUCAUGAAGAGCUCCAGAUGAUGCAAGAGACAAUGCUUAGCAGCAGCGAGAACCCCGAGCAACGGCUGCAGGAGGUUGACACUUGACGGUGAAAAGGUGGUCGCUCGUCAGCAUGUACAGUAGUAUGACUAUCAGAGAUGUGUCCAAGGAGAUGAGCCCAAACCCUUAAAACUGGGAAUUCAGAGCUU